AUGCAUCCAUCACCUCUUUAUGCCGCGUUCGCUGCAUUGUUCCUGUUCUCCACGACCGCCCAAGCCGGCUGCACCAACGUUGGAGGGGGGCACGGCAACAACCCUCUCAAGUGCAAAUCGUACAGCGUCCCGAAACAGAUCGGCCAGAGCGUCACCGUGGAGCACACGCUCACCCUCAAGAGGACGGACGGGGACCAGUCCUCCUACUACACCGAGUGGUUCUGGUACGAUCUGAAGAACGAACAGACCUACAAGGUGAACUUUGCGGUCCAGUUCUGGAACCCACAGACAAACCAGAACGGCUGGAAAUCGUACACCUUGGAUCCGGGCGAGAAGUGCAGCGUCAACUUCUACUCUACGCUUCAAAAUGUGAAGCUUACUUGCUGA